AUGAAUAUUCAUAUCAUUCUACUCCUCCUGUUUGAUUCAAUCAAUUUUCUUCGUACAAUUCAUGUUGAUUUUCCAAAUCCAUUACAACGUUUCGUUUACGAUGAUCUAACAAAUACAAUCGUAUUAGCCUCAGUCAAUCACAUUUAUUCAUUGAAUGCCAGUGAUUUAACAACUCUAUCUCAAAUCAAUCUUUUACCUCAUGAAAAUGAUAAUCAGUGUUUAUUAACGAACAAAACAUCUCAUUCCGCUGUAAAUUAUUACUUCCCCACCAUAUCCUACCUUUCACCAUCGUUGAAUGGCACUUAUAAUCAAUUACUUUUGUUAUUCAAUCAAACAGUAUUAAUCUGCUCGACAACGAAUCGCGGUGGUUCGUGUCAAUUACGAUCGUUAACAAAUCUCGAUCUUUUGAAAAAUUCUUCUCAACGUCUUGUCUCAUCAUCACCAUUCUAUCCAUCCAUUGGUUUUGUUAGCGAGAACAAUCCAUUUCUAUAUCUAGCGAAUACCUACGAUCCACUUUGUGAUCCAUUCUAUGAAAUUCCGACGAUCAGUGGCCGAUUGCUCACCGAUGAUUUCCUUUCGAUUAUAAACUUCAAUUCAGGUCAAUCAGCAUUACAACAAUCGACUUACACUCUACGAUUGUUGAAUACACGGUUAAUUAAAGAUUUCUUCCUUUCGUAUAUCUACGGAUUUGAACAUGGAAAUAUUUCGUAUUUUCUUACGAUUCAACAGUCAGACGUGUCGCACACUCGACCAGCGAAAGUCCAAACGAAAAUUCUACGUUUCUGUCAGCCCGUUAAACAAUCGAUUAUCAAAAGCUAUGUCGAAAUGCCCAUCGCCUGUGGCCAUCAUUACCCUUACUUAGUCACGGGAAAAUUUUCGAAAGAAACGGAGACUUUUUAUGGAAUCUUUCGUAAUACUACAUUAGCAAAUUCAUCAAAUACCGCACACGCUGUUUGUGCUUACUCGAUUGAUUCCAUCCGAGAAGCGUUUUUUCAAACUAUAAAACAUUGCAUCGUCGAUGGUAAAGGUUAUCGUGGCUUAGGUUUUAUUAGUCCCGAUACCCGUUGUGUAUCGAAUAAAAAUCUAAAUGAAAUCAAUCAUGAUUACUGUCCGGAUAAUGAUGAUAGUUUUUCUCAAUAUCCAAUUGGUGGUCAUCGAUCAUUAGAACAAAUUCAGCCGAUUAUUGAAUUUAAUGACAAAAUUAAUAUGACAGCGAUCGAAAUCGUUCCUUUAGAAAAAGACGUCAUGAUUUUACUUGGAGACGAUCAAGGAACUGUGUACACAUUUCAAACAUCGAAUAAGAAUCAAGUUCAGAAGGACAAUUAUCCAUCGUCAGUAAUAAUUGAUUUGAAAAUCAUUAAUAAAAGUCUCUCCGUACGAAACGCUAAUCUUCUCGUGUUGACUAAUAAUCAGGUCAUUAAACAAAAAUUAAGUACCUGUGAACAGUAUGCAACAUGUGAUCAAUGUUCGAAAAUCGACCGUUGUCAUUGGUGUUCUCGAGAGAAAAGAUGCGCAUCUUCAUUUGAAUGCGUUGACAAAAAUUAUCGAUAUGAAAGGAAUAGUGAAAUUAAUACUUGCACGAGCAUCGAACGAGUCUCUCCGGAUACGAUUUCGUUGCAUGCAUCCGAUAUUCAAUUGGAGAUCGUUUUGAACAUACCAUUACAAAGUAAUCUGGAUGAAUAUCAAUGCCAGUUUGAAAUCGAUGAACAGAAAGGUUUGAUAGUUAGCACGAAUGCCGUUCUUCUAGACGAGAAAACGCUGAAAUGCUUUCCACCUACUCUGUCAAAUCUGAAUCAAUCCGUUUACCAUGUAGUUCUCUCGUUACAUCACGUCAAAACGAAUUUAUCUUUUGCCUAUGCAAAAUUACUGUUCGUCAAUUGUUCGAAUAUAUUCUCGUGUUCGUCUUGCACGAAGUAUUCGAAUCAAUGUGUAUGGAAUCUUCAUAGUGUUAGUUGUAUAUCAAACGAAACGAAGAGAUCUUUACUUCUACAUCGAAAACGGUUUGUCUACAAUUCGAGUCAAUGUCCGGCGAUUUAUCUGCAACAAUCAAUCAAUCGUCUUGCUCUGAACGAUGAUAAGACCUUAGUUGUACAUAUUGAGCAAUGUCCUGAACAAUUCCACAUUGAAACAUGUCGAUUGAAUGAUUAUCGAAAACGUUUUGUAUUUACGUCAGUGAGCACAAGUGUAACCCGAUCGGCGAACGAAGAUCAGCUCUGUUUUGUUCAAUGUGCAUUUCAAAUGAAACCGUCGGACACAUUUCCCCAAAUAUCAUUUCAUCGACCAUUGAAUCUUGAUCUGUCGCUUGAAUUAACCAAUCGAACUUUCAUGUCAAUACCACGCUCACAUCUUGUGAUGUACAAUUGCGAACGAAUGGGUUUAAAUUGCACAUCAUGUUUACAAUUGGAUCCAUCAUUCGGCUGUGUCUGGUGCAAUAACAUGUGCAUGUUCAAAACUGAAACACCACAACAGCAAAUGACGUGUCAACAUGUUCAAGAAUGUGUAGUGCCUGUCAUGGAAGAUAUUGAACCGUUGUUAUUGCCGAUGAACGGAGGAACAUUGGUAACAAUAAAGGGCAGACAUUUUGAUUUAUUUAACUUAACAAUCGAGUUGGCGGAUGUUCCGUGUCAAUUAAUUGAAGAAGAAAGUUCAGAUACGAAAAUCGUCUGUCAAUCUGCUGAUGCAGGUGGAAUAUCACGCACCGGUUCGGUUCAAUUGAAGUUUGGUCAACAUGGUCCAAAGAUUGAAUCUCGGCAAAUCGUUGCAUUUAUUAAUCCAACAAUAACAUCCAUUGAACCACUCGUAGGGAUAGAAAGCGGCGGUACACUCUUGACGAUCGUCGGUGAUAACUUGACUUUAGGAAAUAGUCACAUAGCUGUUUACAUUGGUACACGUCCAUGUCAAUUACUGUCGAUAUCUCGUACAAAAAUUCAAUGUGAAACAGGCUCGUUUUCUUCGCUGAUGUUAAACGAACAACAAGAAGUACGACUUAUCUUCGAUCGACAAACAAAACUCAAUUCCGAGAGAUUCUUUACUAUUGUUCCGAAUCCAAUACUUCGUUCGUUUGAUAGUUAUCAUCAGUACCAAAGUUUCAUCAGUGGUGGCCAUCAACUUGUAAUCGAAGGGGAGAAUUUUCGCACAGCACAAAAUAUACGUUUAGAAUUCAAACGAAUUAUAUUUGUUUCGCCAUUGUUCUCCAACAAGACACAUUUGAUUUUCUUGACACCAUCGAUUCAAGAAUUACAUCUCAACGACGAAAGUGACUAUCAGCAGGAAAUCGAAAUCAUUCUUCAUUUAGACCAUUUUAAUCGAACAUCGUCACUGAUUUACAUCAGCGAUCCGAUUAUUUAUGAACUUGAACCCAUUUUGCAAACAUAUACCAAUGAAUUGAUUAUUCACGGAGCAAAUCUAACAGCAAUUGGUCAUACGAAAGAUAAUGUUAAUGUUCAUAUUGGAUGUGAUUUGUGCACGAUUGUUUACCUUCAAACGGAUCGAAUCAUUUGUCAACCGCCGGAAUAUCGUCCAGCAAAAUAUUCGAAGACAAACCAACUUUGUUACGAUUCCGAACAUCCAUGGAUUAUAGUCACGAUUGAUAACAUUCACGCUCAUGUCGGAUACAUGAUCUAUCCAAAAAAGAUCGUCAUUCUCGGUAUUAUCAGCGGUUGUUUAUUAACAAUGCUAGCGAUCAUCUUAAUCAUUCUGAUUGUUGUCUGCAUUCGAAUACGUUGUUCACAACGGAAAUCUCGACGACGUUAUCUUUACGGUCCAGGAAUCACUGGCCUUAAAAACGAAAAAGAACCGUAUCGAGAUGAUCUCUUGCGUAAAUCCUAUCAGAAAUUACCGAUACUGGAAUCGAUUGUUCCUGAUUCAUCUGUCAUACCCACGGUACCUUUACGUUCGUAUAUAAAUUACCUUCAAGUAUGUUAUUUUUGUUAUUUCAAUGACCCAGUUUCCUCGGUGAUUUCGUACGAUACACCGAAAGCGAAUCUGAAACAUGAUUCUAUCAAUCAAUUUCAACUGUUAAUCGAGAAUAAUGAUGCAUUACUAGAAUAUUUCUACAAACUGAUCCUUAAAUCGAAGAAUAAAAAGUUUCUAUCAGAUCUGAUCUUAACACAACGAUAUCAUCUGAAGAAAUUUCUACAAUUCAAAAACGAUUAUCUCUUUUUUAACAUCUGCAUACUUACAGGCUAUGAUGGCCUUGUGAUCAAUCAAAUCACUUCAUUAAUCUUUCAACUUUAUUACCAAUUGAAAUAUAAAAUCUGUUCGGGACCAAUCGACGCGCUCGAACAAACGUGUUCGUAUUAUUCGUUGAAUAAUCAAACGAUUCUUCACGAUCAAUCGAUCAUCUUCAAUUCCAUCCAACUCAUUGUCCAUAUCGAUUAUCCCAAUCAAUCGAAUGAUUUCUUAGUUCUACAUGUCACAUGUCUCUCGUGUGACACGAUCUCUCAAGUGAAACAAAAGAUAUUGACUCAACUGAAUUCCUAUCGAAAAUUUCAACUUCUUUCAGUCAGUGAUAGUCAGUUAUAUUUAUUAACGAACACAAAAUCCUGUUCAACAUCUUCAUGUUCGUCGUCAAGCACUUCAUCGUCUAAUGUACCAUUAGCGAAGAAAUCGUUGUUAACACAGUUUUUCUCUAAUCAGAAAAAUAAGUAUUCCACAACAAUAACGACGACAUCGAAUGAUUCAUCCUAUCGAGAUUCGAUCGUUUUACAAUUAAAUGACAUUGACAAUACCAAUGAACAGAUAAAUCAUUAUAGAAAAUUAAAUACGUUACAACACUACGGUAUCAUGACCGAUGGAUAUGAAUUCAAGUUAGUUUUAUCCGAUCGAGCAAAAUUGAUCAGUUAUACGAAUCAAACAAUCUCAUCAAAACGAACACUUAAUCGCAAUCCACUUGAUUGUCAAUAUUGUUCAACCGAUCAUGAGAAAACAUUUAGCUAUUUGACAGCAUCGCCGAUCCCAUCUCAUUCCAUCGCAAUCUCGUCAUCAGUUGAUAUUGAUCGUACGCAUUAUUUUCAUCUGCUGAAUCAUACCUAUGAAGAAAUUGGUGAAUCCGGACAUUUGUUAAUGACGAAUAAUCAAAGUGAAACUUAUCGACUAUUUGAAACAAAGUCAUGCAUACAUUCGGUUCUGAUCAAUCUUAUCGAGACGUUGUUUACUAAUUUUCUUCAUAGUGACAAUUAUUUAAGCGAAUUAAUUGAACAAUAUGCACAUUUUCUUCAUAUUUUCUAUGGACAUUUUAUUCCGUUUCUUUUACAAAAUUUAAACUGCUUAUUCGACCUUCCGAUGGACAAAUGUUUGAAUAGUUCAUUUGAUAUCCUUGCAACUAUCUUUCAAAUCGCCUGUUCGUCGCAGAUUAAUGAGCAACAUUGCUCACUAUGUCACGAAUCAACAAAUAACUUAAAUAUUCAAAACUGUACAUUGCUAUUUGCGGAUGAAAUUCAACGCGUUCGUUUGCAUUAUUCCAAUGUCGAACGGCGAUUAAACAAUCGAAACUCCACAUCUGAAUAUUCAUCGACGAACACAGGUGUCAAUAAAACAUUCGACUUGGAACCAGCGAUUACGAAUCAUCUGAUCGAAUAUCUGUGUUCACAUGUUGAAGAGGUAACAGAAAUGUUGAAAAGUCAAUCCACUGAUAACAAAAGUCUGAUUCUAUUUUUCAAUCUCGUGCAAAUGUACCGCUCCACUGGAAGAACUUGA